AUGUCCAAGAUCGCUAUUACUCACGAUUCAACCACAUGGGACUGGCCUCUCCAAUCUCACGAUGGAGUAGUUCAGGUUCAAAGCACUGGAGACAAGUUCGAAGUUAAGCUUGAUGUCCAAUUUUUCUCUCCCAACGAAAUCGAAGUAAAAGUCAAUGGACAAGAACUCCAUAUCCAUUGUAGACACGAGUCAAGAACUGAUGAGCACGGAACAAUUGCUCGUGAGAUUCAUCGUACCUACAAGCUCCCAUCCGAUGUUGAUGUCAGCACUGUAAAAAGUCAUUUGACUGCUCGUGGACUUCUCAACAUCACUGCCCAAAAGCAAAAGUAA